CAAUAAGGAGAGAUGGCGGCACAAAAGAGAAUCGAAGCAAUAUUAGAGAGGCUGUUUCCGGAAUCUCCGACCACCGCCACCACCAAAUCCAAGCCUAAUAAUAGCGAUAAUAAUCAUCUAUAUAAUAACGGCUCCUCUGCUUCCACCACCACCAGUAGUGCUGAUGGAGUUCGGUGGUUGAAAGGCAAGAAACGGCCGAAUGUAUUCUCUGCAUUGGGCAUACUUGGUCCAAAAUCAAGGUUAAAUCCAACUGAGGAAAUGCAGGUGUCAUCAGGUUCAAGUGGUUCAGUACAAGCUCCAUCUUGCAGACCAUGGGACCGUGAUGAUCUAUUUAGGAGGUUGUCUACUUUCAAGUCCAUGACUUGGUUUGCUAAACCACAG